CUGUCGAUUUGGCAAAAAUGAGAUCCAGCUUGUUAUGCAAGGAGAGCGCACUCUUUGUACUGAUCCUCGAACGCCCAACUUGCUUGUUCAAAGCAUGAAUGGCAAGGAAUCUCACAUAAGGAAAUCGCUGCACACCAUAGAGAGGAAGCUCAUCAAUGGAUCUGAAAGGAGGAACCAAAGAAAUGUGACAGAAGCUCGUUCACUUGUCAGAGGCUCUACUACUUGCAUUAAAAAUGGAGUAUUGGCAAUUGCAGCCAACACACGGACACUUAGGAGACAAUCACUAACAGGUGCUGGUUCAGACCAGUCUCGCCGGUCUUCUCUGGGUGGCAAGUCCACUAAUUCCAAUGUAAAAGACACAAGGAAUGCCAAGACGCUCCUCCAGUCCACCCAUCAUCUACGAUAGCAAAGCGUUGGCUGUAGCUAUAGAUGGCGAAAUUUAGUGUUCAAUGACCAGCGAAGUGAUGCUUCGACUCGAAGCUGACUGAAGUUUUGACAUGAUAGAUGAGACACUGAGAAUUGACCAGGGAAAAACUGAAGAGUUAGCCGACAAACGCAAUAGCAAUUUUGUGGUUUAACACACUGCUUAUGUACAUAUUGACACAAGUUCUUCAAAUAAUGCCCGAAAUUUCUAUGGUAAUGUUUUC